GCCAAAUCAGAGGUACCCUGGGGAAAGAAAGUGUCAUCGAGGCAUCCAUUGCGAGUAUACUCACCAUCUCUAUCCUUGCCACAUAUCUUGAUUGUGCUAGUGAUUGGGAAGAACUCAUUCUCGCCAAGACAAUUUCCCCGACUCAAUGGCAUUAUGUUUCGCAGAAGCCUCCGACUAGAUGGGGCCGCAUCCCAAAGUAGCCUAAACCUAGAAAAACAAAAGACAUGUGAUCCCACAGGCCACAUGAUCUUGACCAACCCCUAUUCACAGCAAGACAAUGGACGGUGCAUCUCAAGCUUCCAUCAUGUGUAUGUUCAGAGGAUGUAUAGCACCCUUCCAGGGAAUAGCGCCAUGUAUUGUGAGCCCGUUGUCCCUAACUGACAUCUGCCGGCUACCCCUGCAAUUGAAAAUGUGAACUCUAGGGCAUUGUCCAUCAUCAGGAUCUGAACCCAAGCACACAUCAAUCAGAUGACAGAUGAAAUCUAAAUGGUAACUAUUACGGAUUGAAAUAACAAAGUGAGG